AUGAGCUUAAAUCCAAUUCAAGCUGAAUCACCACAUUCCACGCCAACAAUUAAUUCUUUAAGUACUUCCUCAUCCAACUCUUCAACUUCAUCUUUUCCACGCCAAGUACCUAUAAGCAUAAAUGGAGAAGGGGAGACCUCUCCAGUUUUUCAACAGGUUCAAAGUCCUUUAACACUGCCAUAUUCUCCUUUUCGUGGUGGUAAUUCCUUGUCAAAUCGUAAUGUCAAUGUUAUAAACUCAAGUUCCUCUUCAGCGACAACAACUUCUACAACGUUAUCUCAUACAUCCUUUUCGAUGCUACCGGUCAUGGAACGAUCUAACUCUACCUCAACAAUGGGAACUAAUAAUAUAUCUUCUACUAUAUAUACUCCAUCAAUAGCUCCUGCUUUUCAUAAAACAUUUAUAUAUGACGCUCCAGCCACUACAAAAGAGUUUGAAAAGAUGGAACUCAUUAACCCAAAUGAUUCGUGGAAUAUAUUGGUAAUAAAAGUUUUGCCAUUAUUUAAUGGCGAAGGAUUAAAAUUAGCAAUUGAAGAUUUAAAUGAGUUGGUAAGACGAUGUAUAAAUGAUCGAUCUCCACAACAACUUUUUGAAGAUAUAAAUGAGCUUUUAGAUUCUGGGAUGUUUACUCUUAAUGGAAAAUUAAAAGGUGUUCCUGAUGAAAAACUUGUUUCUCGCUUAGUUGAGUUAUGGUCAUUUUAUUUCGGAACAGUUAUUCCUUAUUUUGAAGGAGUCUUUCUACCAUUGCAAAUGCAAGUGGGUUCGCAUAAAAUUAGUAUUAGACGUUUGGUACUAAUGAGUUUUAGAGAUCAUGUUAUUUUACCUAUACGUGAUAGAGUUGAAGAUGCAUUUAAUAAACUAUUUCAUGAUUUUGAUUCUGGGAUUCCUGUAACAGACACUGCAGCUCGUAUGCUUCAAAUGACAUAUAUUUUAUCGUCAAUAUUUUCCGAUGAUGACAAACAAAAAGAUAUAGAUAGAAUUUUAUCUAAAUUAAAAAAUAAUUGGAAUUUAUUCAUGAGACGUAGAGAUCGAAGAGGUUUUGUUGGGGUGUCACCUUCACAUUCAAUUAAUGUAGUUGCAACAGAUGAUGAUUAUAUUUCGUCUGAAAUUUCUAAUAAUGAUACCAGUAACGCAACAACUCCAACAAAGCCUUCUUCAAAUCCUUUGAUUUCAAUAUCUGCCACGACUAGCCCUUCUCAAUAUUAA